AUGAGGGCACAAAACACCAUAAUCAAUGUCCUGGGGAUUGUGGCUUCUACGCCAAGCUUUAUCGUUGCCACCCCCCUUCCUUGGACCGUCGGCCAGUCAGUUCAAACCACUAGCGGACUCAUUCAGGGGCACGCUGCAACCGGCGCUGUUCAAGUAUCAGAAUACUUGGGCAUUCCUUAUGCUCAACCGCCCAUAGGUGCGCUGCGCUUCCAGCCUCCCGUGAAGUUCACUGGAUCCUCAACCAUCAACGGCUCCUCUUUUGGACACCAAUGCAUGCAGCCGACCAUUAACGCCAGCAAUAUUACGGUCCCCAAGGGUUUUGCAAACCUCGGGGUCCCCAAUUCUGCCGCAUCAGUACUCUCGGUGCUUGCCGACACUGGCUCACAGAGCGAGGACUGUCUGACAUUGAAUGUCUGGACUAAGCCUCAGGAGGGUGAAUCCAAGAAGGCCGUACUAGUAUGGAUUCACGGUGGCGCAUUUACAACAGGCAGUUCUCGCGUCCCAGCAAACAACGGAAAGUUCAUGGCGGACCAGAAUGAUGUUGUUCUGGUGUCUAUGAACUAUCGUCUCAACAUCUUUGGAUUCCCCGGCAACCCCAACUCUGCCCCGAACCUUGGACUUCUUGAUUUUCGUAUGGGUGUGCAAUGGGUUCGUGACAACAUCGAGAAUUUCGGCGGCGACGUCAACAGAAUCACCCUCUUUGGCCAGUCUGCUGGAGGCUCCUUGGUCGACUACUACUCGUACGCGUUCGCUUCUGACCCUAUUGCCAAUGGGUUCAUAGCCAUGAGUGGGACUGCCAACGGAUUCGGCAUCUUUACCAAUCAAACCGUCAACGCGAAGUGGUUCAACAUUACUUCUGCAGUUGGCUGUGGCAAUUGCCAGACCGAUCCCACGGCUGUCAACAACUGCAUGCUCUCCAAGACCCCGGCAGAAAUCCUCAAUGGUGUAGCCGCGAGCGGUACUGGCACCCCAGGUGGAACCUUCUUUGCACCGGUCGUGGACGAUACCCUCGUUUUCGCUGACUACAGCAUGCGAACUUCUGCAAAUGGAGGAUACAUCGUCGGCAACGAUGACAACGAGGCUGGCCUAUUUAAGCUUGGUGCUCCGGAACUCGACGAUGCGUUUUGGACCGGGUUCAACCUUAUUGGCUUCGAAUGUCCUGCAGCGAGGAGGGCGACACGAGCGGCUGCCGCCGGCCUCCCAACGUGGCGUUACCGUUACUUUGGUAACUUUUCCAAUUUGAUCAUCACCACCUCACCGCAAAGUGGCGCAUGGCACACCUCGGAGCUUCCUGUCUUAUUCGAUACGUCGCCACAGUCGCCGAUCGUCAGCACGCCGCAGCAAAUAGAGGUUGGGAGAUACCUCCGUGGUGCCUGGGCUGCUUUCGCCAAGAACCCAACCUCCGGUCUCCUUCAGUUCAACGGCAACCAAAGCUGGCCUAACUAUCAAGUUGAUGGCAGCAACGUCAACCGCAUUGGAUUUCAGGACCAGACAGCCACAGACCUAGCCCCAGGGUUAGCCUUUGACGCAUCGUGUGUCUUGGUGGGCAUUCCGGUGCUACCUUAA